AUGUCCAUGAGCAGUGCGUCUAUCCAUGAUGGAUCUGAUCCAGCGUCCCCUUCUUCCAGCGACAACACUACCGUCGUAGCUUCCCCCUCGUCGUCCAAGUCGGCGCCUCCUCUGUCAGCCUCACCAACAGGCCAAAAGUACCUUGACAUCCCAUCCUUUCGACCUUCGCUUGACAGCACCUACUCCGAGCUUUCAGAGCUCUCGUUCCAUUCCAAUGAACUUCACCAAGCCGCCCACCCUCUCGUCCGCAGCAUAUCUCAAGAUGGCGCCCUCUCGACGUCGGCCGAUCCGCCUCCUCCUCCAAAGUCCCGCCUGCGAGCUGCUUGGGAUUCCUUCUACGUGACGAACUAUGGUGCCUUGUUAGUCCUUGCAUCUCAAGCUUUUGGCGUCGGUAUGAACAUCAGUACCCGCCUCCUCGAGACUCCAGGCUCACAUGGCGAACCGAUGCACCCGUUCCAGAUCCUCUUCGCUCGACAAUCCAUCACCGCCGUCAUCUGCACAGCGUACGGCAUCUACUUCAAGUCCACUCCAUAUUUUCCCUUUGGUCCCCGCGGUAUCCGCUGGCUCCUUGUCUUACGGGGCAUUACUGGAUUCUUCGGAGUAUUUGGGUUAUACUUUAGUCUGCUCUACUUACCGUUGAGUGAGGCGACCGUCCUGGGGUUUCUCUCGCCCAUCCUUACCUGCUAUAUCUGCAGUUUCAUCAUGCCUGGGGAAGUCUUCAGCGUUCAGCAGCAAAUCGCCGGCUUUGUUAGCCUCAUCGGCGUCCUCUUCAUUGCCCGACCAGCCUCGCUCUUCUCUACGUCCACCCAGCCUUCCGACGCUCUAGUGAGUCCUCCUCUCAAUUCGACUGCGACGGCGGAGACUGCUCAACACAUCACUUCCGAACAACAUCUGGCCGCAGUUGGCAUUGCUAUGAUUGGCGUCGUUGGCGGCACCGGUGCACUCACCGCGAUCCGUGUCAUUGGCACCAGGGUUCACGCCUUCAUCAGUAUCAAUUACUUCAGCUGGUGGUGUAGCAUCGUUUCGCUGGUUUGCCUAGUGAUCUUCCCUGACGUCAAAUUCCGGCUGCCGGCAAAUCUCACCGAAUGGGCCCUGCUCGCAAACCUAGGUCUCUGCGGGUUUGUUAUGCAGUUUCUUCUGACAGCCGGCCUAGCAUACGGUGGACCGGGUGAACCGUCCAGUCAGAGAGGAAACAGGAAUCAACCGGCACAAAAGAUCAGGGAUCUCGAGAGUACCUGUCCAGCCCAUCUGGAACGUCCUGUGGGAAGUGACCCCAAGCCAAAGCCGUCCGGGACGCGUGCGACGGCCAUGUGCUACACGCAGAUGCUCUUUGCCUUAGGCGGUGACAAGCUGGUUUUUGGCGUCACGCCAGACACGAUGAGCUGGAUUGGCAGCGUGCUGAUCCUUGCGGGAGCCGUGUGGGUGGCUGCUGCCCGGGACUCGACAACCAAGUCGAAGCCGAGCCCUACUUCUGGCGGAUUGGAAGUGCUGAGAGAGCAUGCACGGACGAAGGAGGCUGCUACUCACCAAGAGUCUGUUGGAUUGAUGAGUGGCCGUGAGGAUGGACAUGAGAGAGAUGACGAAUCGGACGAUGACAUGAUUUACGGUGAACGACAAAACGAACACGGUCAGGCUCUGGAAAGUCUGGAGAUGCAUGAUUUACGCCGGAUACGAGCAGUAACUGAAGGGUUAUUUACGUUUAAAAUCUACUACCUUCGCGACAAAUGUCUCUGUCCAAAAAAGGGAGUCGGUUGGGGACAAAGGGAAGAGACCCGGCCGAGCUCAGAAAGUUCGCAUAAUAAAAAGGGGCGCCCCCGUACGCAGUACCUUCUAGAAGGGGCAGUGAAGAAAGGCAAGAAGCAGGCGUUUGGCAUACAGGGUGACCGGCUGGAGCAACGGGAAUAG